UUAGACUUUAAAUUUAGAAAAAAAUGUGGUCACUUGGGAACAUCAACUAUGGAAGGAAGUAGAGCUUACUGUGAGGGCAGGCGCUGCUACGUCAGGAAAAUACAGCCAGUGAAGGAUGUGCUCUUCUUGCUCUGCUGUCUCAAUCUGAUGCCAGAUGGCAGAACCCCAUGCCAUCAGUUGUACCUUACCCAUGGCAUUUCUUAUAAGAAACUUCAAAAUUUAUGAAAGUUUAUGGGUUUCAUAGCCCUACAUGGCAGCUUGAGGGCUAAAGUCACCUUUAGAUACAUGUGCCAGCAAUACAGACACAGCAGUUACUCAGAGAACAAGGUUAAGAAACAACCUAGCAGCCUAAAGUUGAAGGAAUAACACAGGAUGCUGUGCAAAGCAGAGCACACCUGACAUCUGUAAAUCUGAUUAAUCUGUAGUAUGUUCAGGGGAAUUUAGAGGAAAAAAUACAUACAGUCUCAAAGAUCCAUCACUUCCUCAUCAAAUGGUCAUAUGGCAGCACAAAGCAAAACACAAUUAAGGAAUAAAACCAGCACUUAUUAAGACCAACCAUGUAGCAUUUUACAUUUAGCACCAUAUAUUUAAUUCUCCAAAAACUCUGUUGCAUGUCAUUCUUAUUUCACCAACACAGCAACUACAGCUGAGACCUUAAGGAACUUUCCCAUGGUCAGACAGAGUUAUGUGGCGGAAGGAAGAUUCAAGAGUGCCCAUCUCGUUGCAAAGCCAGGCACAUGUUCUGAACGUCAAAGUGAAUAACGGCACAGAUAAUAGAUGUUUCAGCAACUUAGGAGGAAUGAUCCCUCUGCAUUAUAGUGGCAAAGGAAUUGCCACCAUCAUUAAAUGCCAGAGCUUGACAUCAAGUCCAACCCUUUCCUUCCCACUGCUUGUGAAUUUUAAACAAGACUCCAUCCAAUCUCUACUUAAGUAUCUCCAGCAACAGGGAAAUCCCUAACUUCCCCUCAUGACACAUUCAUGUUGUAACAACUGAUUAUUUGUAAACUCUUCCUUGUACAGAGUUUACAUCUGUUUGUUAAGGUGCUAUAAAAUCAGAUAUGAAAGCUACCUAUCCAGAAACAACAUCCAAACUUCACGGGGGUCUCAUCAGCAAGAGCUUCACAGUCCAUUGGCUUGGCCCAGAUCCCAGGGGCAGCACCAGACACCCCGACCAUAAAAGCCACACCCCUCUCCCACUCACCCUCACAAUGAAAAUUAAUUCCACAUGAUGCCUGCUCCCUCAUGUUACACUCUUCUAAAUCAAAUUUUACACCCAUUCAUCUGAUUGGCAGAGUCUCAGUCACAUGAUUGGGCCUAGAUGCAGAAGAAUGUGGGAAAGGAAGUUUGUGGACUCUACCUAGGAAGGCAAGAAUCAUAAUUGGGAAUUUCUCUAAAAAAGAAAGGUGUUCAAAAGACACCAAAAAUCCACCACAUAUGUGACAAAUGUCCACAGCGGUCCAUUGCUUGGCUGCCCUACACAAAUGUGCAUCCAUUUCCAUACUUAACCUUCCUAAAAACCUUCCAUUGAACCUUACUAAAAACCUUACUAUCUUACUAUCCAAGAGAAAUGACACUCCACCCUGUUACCCCACUCUUUCCUGGACUCCCUGCUUCUCCAAGACUGUGGAAAACAAUAGAUAUGUGCUUGAAACCCAGUAAUGAUAGUUAUGAGUUGUGUUAUCUGGGUCAUGCUAAUGUGUCUGAGUCUGUAUUUGUAAAGUGACAGUAAUGGUAUUUCCCAAGGUUGCUGUAGGGGGAAAAAAGUAGAACCUCAGAUACAUCUGUAGAUAUUCUACUUUAGCAAAACAAGCUUGAUUCAUGAUGUGAGAGGAGGAAUCCUCCCACCCCCCAGAGCAAACCAUCCUUCUACAUUUACAUCCCCAUUGGCAGGACCCUACUUCUCUAUUUCGCUCUGGUGGUUGAGCAGAAAGGGCCCUUAAUUUGGAAUCAGGAAAAUCUAUUUCUGAACCGUAGUCCUUGAUAGCCAAUCUGUAAGAUUAAGAAAAUAAUAACUACUCACAAGAUUAUUAUGAAAACAUAAUAUAUCUAAGAGCUGUGACAAUAAAUGACACACAUAGGCUCUUGAAAAAUGCUAAUCCCAAUCCUGUUUGCACUUUAGAUAAUGUUUGUAAAGUCCUAUCAUAGCAUAUUUUCCCUUCCCUGGUCUACUCUCCUUGGAUCCUUCUCCUACCUAUUCAGAGGAAAAGAGAAAUCCAUAUCAAUCUUUUUCAAAUUGCAGGUGAUCAUCCCUUACAUGAUGCUCACAUUUUAUUAUGGAAUGGAAUAGAAUGGAAACUAACAGAGAGCACUGCACAUGAUAAGAAUAAAUGAACUUUUGAUUCAUUUGCAUGUGUGUAUGUUUGCACUCAUGUACUUACACAUACAUGUGUAUGUGCGUUGGGUCUUUUUGCAAAACACAUUUCCUACUGUGGCUCAUAACCAGAAAAGUACACAUGGUUCUGAGUGCUCAGGGUAAGGACUCUCCCCCACCCAUGUUUCUGAUAGGCCUUUAAUGAACUGCCCUAACUGGGAAUGAGCCCUCCAGCCCCUACCCCAGAGAAGGCACUGUGGUUGAGAGCUCAUCCCAGAAGCCAGAACUUGGAAGUCAGACCUCAACUUCACCUCUAGCAAAACAGAGGGAACUUCUGAUCAGAAAGACAGCCAGCUUAGAAUGAGAGAAGAAAACCUGACCACAUAGUUCCUGUGCUCCCAACCCAGCCCAGCCCUCACUUGCUGAGAGUUAUAAAACCCAAGACCAGAAAAACAGAAGGAGCAUCUGCCCUGAGCAGCCCCUCUGAGAAGAUGCAUCAUCUUCCUCUCCCCCUGCUCUUCUUUUUCCUAUGCUCUGGAGCUGAAGCUGGGGAGAUCAUCGGAGGCACAGAAUGCAAGCCACACUCUCGCCCUUACAUGGCCUACCUGACAAUUGUCACCCCCCAGAAUGACCUGGCAUAUUGCAGUGGUUUCCUGAUAAGAAGGGACUUUGUGCUGACAGCCGCUCACUGUGCUGGAAGGUCUGUAACGGUCAUGCUUGGGGUCCAUGAUAUAAAAGAGAAAGAAGGCACAUGGCAGAAGCUUGAGGUUGUGGAACAAUUCCCGCAUCCAAAAUAUGAUGCCUUUAUUAUUCAGCAUGACAUCAUGUUACUCAAGUUGAAGGAGAAAGCCAAUCUGACCCUGGCUGUGGGUACGCUCCCCCUUGCACCCCAGUUCGACUUCAUCCGGCCUGGGAGAGUGUGCCGGGCGGCUGGCUGGGGAAGAACAGAGGUGAACGGGUCAGGCUCCACCACCCUGCAAGAGGUGAAACUGACUCUCAUGGAUCCCCAGGCCUGCAGACACUACUGGGCUUUUGACCACGAUCUCCAGCUGUGUGUUGGCAAUCCCAGGAAGACAAAAUCUGUGUUUAAGGGAGAUUCAGGGGGCCCUCUUCUGUGUGCUGGAGUGGCUCAGGGCAUUGUCUCCUAUACCCGGAGGGAUGCAAAGCCCCCUGAUGUCUUCACCCGGAUCUCCCAUUACCGGCCCUGGAUCAAUAAAGUCCUGAAGGAGAAUUAACCCUGGAGCCUGGGCCAGCCUGAGGGGAAAUCUGGAACUGGACCUGAGUGGGUUCUCUGUGCCACGCACUGUGGAUUCACCUCUGGUGCCUGCUGAAGUCCUGCCACAUCCCUUAACCUUCAGAAACUCCUCCAGGUCACAGAAUUCUCAAAAAACCUCAAUAAAGGCCCAGCUUCCCCGCUUGAGUGUGUGUCCUCUCUCAGAUGCUCUCUUCUCCUAACACAUAGCAACCUAAUUAUCAGGGCAGGCAGCCUGUCAGCUUUGGAAGGACUGGGUGUAUGGGUGUGUGGGAGAGAGACAGAGACAGAGACAGAGAGGAAAUAAUGAAGAAAAAUUAGAAAAAGAAAGAAGAGAAAGGGAUUCCCUGGAGAGGCAGAAUCCAUAUUUUCAACUUACACAGAAAAUUAGAUCUCCCUUGUUUUAAUCAUCAACCCUAUACCAAUUCUGGUUUAUCUUAAUUAUUAUGCAGCAUUACAAACAAGAUUCAGGAUGUUUGGAGCAUCCCUGACUCCUCCCCACUAGUUGCCAUUAGCAACACCCACCAUCCACCACCACAAAAUGUCUGCAGGUAUUGCUAAACACCCCGGGAGGUGGAGACAGGAACCCCCUCUGCUGAGAACCACUGCCUUAGAUACAUGAUACGGAGAAGGCUGUUGGUGCCACAUAGGGCCCUCCUCACAGUCCACCUAGAUAGGGAAACAUCCUCCACCCAUGCAGCUUUAAUCUGAGAUGAUCUGAGAUGCAGAGCAGAUCGCCUCUCACUCACUGCUGCAAAUAGAUACGGGGGCAGAUGGGACGAGGGAUGGCAUCGCUGAUUUCUGCACAAGAACCACCUGGCCACCAAGACUGCACCCAAACCAGCAGGAAGUCAAAAGCUGAGAGUCUACCCAGAACAGACUCUUGCUAGUUGAGGGACUGGCUGGAGGAGAGAAAGCAGAGCAGGACAGGGACAGACACCGCAGGGGCCUGCAGCUGACAGUGGCCCUCGCUUCUGAGGCUAUAGCGAAUCUCUUCCAACAAGCAAACUCUUUCGAGCAAUUAGUCUUUAAGAAAUAAUCAGAGAUACACACAAAGACUCUUGAAUAAACAUUUUCAUCUCAGCAUUGUUAAAAUAGAAAAACUAGAAUCCCGGCCACAGAACAAAGUUUAAAUGGUAAAUUUGUAUGAUUGAAUAUUUUGAAUUCAUCAAAAAUUUGUUUUCAAAAACUUUAAUCCUGUGGGAUAAUCCUUUGGUGAAAGCAUUUUCUUGCUGGAAAGGAGAUGCAGGAUGUAUAAAGCCUUCCUGGCCCCUCCCCACUGGAAGCCAGGAGCAGCCUCCGCCCUUCCCCACCAAUGUUAUUUCAUAGCUCUUUCUCCCUCCACCUUUUUUCUAUCAGUGACCUUGACCUCUCUAUCUGUAAGCUUCCAAGAACCACAACAGCAUGACUUUUAGCUCUGCUCCCUCCAUCUAACCCCAGCGAAGCUGCAGUAACUGAAGGAGCAGCGCUUCCGGUGAGCGCCAUCUCACUUUCUUAU